UCGUGUCUUGCUGAUGCUGCUAUUUCCGACGAAUUGGACGUGACUGUUCGCAUUUUGAUGAAUGCCAGUAAAAAUGUCGCGGUCUCAAUACGGAUAACAUGUGUCAGUUGGUGGCGAUUCUUUCACUAGUGGUGUUGGCACUUGCUGCAUGUGUUCCUCCACCACUACGAGUGACGAUUGAUUGUUCUUCCGGAGAGGAUUCCCAGUACCUGCCAAAAUACAGGUCUGCUGAGUUUUCGAGAAGCAAUUCACGCUUCGAUAUCAACUCGUUUUGCGAUUUGAUUCACCGCGCAAUCCCGGAAGCGGUCAAGAAUGGAAAGUUCGUAACUGGACAAGAAGAUGACCAAGUUGGUCACAGCGACACAGUGGCCCCCGUAAUGGCUGCUCCACCGAGAGGUUUUAUUCCUCCAGGAUUCCCGAAAUUAAGGCCUUCAAGACUAGGUACACCAAAGUUAGAUGUGCCAAAGCUAAGACCGAUGCUACACGGCCUGAAAGCACCAAAAAUAGGACCAGCAAAGUCAUUUAGGCGAUUAAGGUAUGAAGAAGAAGAGUCGAGCGCGGAACGAAUGGCGAGAUUCAAAAAAGGCGUUCAGAAGAUGUUGCAAGUGGUCAAAGUUAUUGGUAAAAUUGAUCAGUACCUAUCAGAAAGAACAAGGAUCAUUGUGGAUAAAUUGACAAAGACAUUUGCAGAUUGAUUACGUAUUUUGAGAUGAAUUCAACUUAUAUGUAAUAUAAUGAUGUUACUUUUAACUGCUUUUAAAUUUAUGUGACAGUUCAGAUA